AUGGUAACAGAAAAGCGCAAACGGCAGUCAAAUCUUACUCUAGUUCAAGCAAGAGAAAGCAAGUUAAAGAAAAGCGAAGCAGAGGUAAGUUGUUUGCUAGAAAAUAAAGUCUAAUUUACUUAAAUGUCUACGGAACAUAUUCUAAAUAUUUCACUAAAGCUAACAAGUGGAAUCCAGAGGAGAGAGAAGAAAGAAAACACUUACUUCAAUUACACAAACGAAAGUGAUCCCGAAACCGAGCCUCCCACAAGUGACGAUAGCGAUUCCGAGUUUGAUGAGGAAGCGGAUACAGCGGGCAGCGAAGCCACUACUGAGGACGAAUGGUGUGGGGAGAUAGAAGAGAACACAAUACAAAUGAUUAGAGAGAAUCAAAAUAGAAAAGAGGGGGAAGAAGAAGAGGAAGAAAGCCUAAUCAGAGGCCGACUGGUAACUGACCUCAAAUAUCAUACCGAGGCUGGUGGAAGUCUCAAGAAUAUCUGGGGAGUAGGAUCAGCCCGAACGGAGCGACGGAAGCAACGCGAAGCUCAAAGUCUCAAAGCCGAAGCAUCCAAAUGCUAUGAUAUUCGGGCACUAUGGGAACGAGGAAAAAUAUUAG